UUGACAAUGGAAGCAGACUCGAUUUCGUUCCUCUCGGCUUAUUGGGGUCUCUUCCCUCUGGCCGUUACUGCCAUCCUGCAGCCAUCCGGUCGUGUCUGUGGUUUCGAUCCCCAGUUACGAAUCUAUCUGCGUGGCAGUCCAAUCGUCUGCAUCGCUGAUUUUCUCGGUCUGUUGGUGAGAUUCAGCGUUUAUUUCGUUCAUACUGGGUCCGCGAGACACGCUCUCCGCCGAACCUUGCAAUAUCGCCGCCCUCUCUAUGCGGAUGAACGAGGCCCGGCUGGUCUUCGCGAGCUACACAAGGUACCCUUUUUACGCCUGGUCGUCUUCGUCAUCGGCAUCAUCCAAGCUGUCAAGCUUCUAGGAUGCUCUGGCUUGCCCUGGACCAAAACAUGGGUGUAUUGCUACCUGAUUCCUGUGUGUGUGGACGAGAUCCUUGCUCUCCUCAGCCACCAUCUUGAAGAACACCGUCCUUCAGUGACUCUGGGCAUAUUUCAUUAUGUCUCAGUGGACACUCUGUGUGAUAGGCUGGAACACACCCUUGGCCUUCUCGCCAUCUAUACCCAGUGGCUCAUCUUCUUCAUCUGCAUCAAGGCCACGAGUCUGUUCCAGACAAAGGGAGCGCCGCCCGAAACAUAUCUGGAAGCAUCGUUGUGUUUCUUGUUCUGCUCGUUUAUGGUGGUCUUAUUCCAUGCGCCAGAUCAACUGAUCAAUCUUUUCUCUUCUUCCUCUACCGCAAGGAGACCAACAGAUGCCAUCCCUCGCAUGCUUCUCUACGCCGCGAGUGCCGCCUUGACGAUCGCCUUCUGUAUGGUUUCACCAUAUAUCGACGCUCCCAGGCUGCUGAUGUAUUUCGGGGGGUUGAUAUUUCUCUACUCGACUAUAUGGCUGCUCGUCAUCGCUCUAGCAGACAAAAGCAGGCUCUUUAGGGAUGAAGUGCUGUUUCUUCCGGAUACGUUUGUUAUGGCGAGGAACCAUAUCGCAUUUCAUAAUCUGCUGUUUUUCCUGGCUGUUUUGAUUCUUGGUUUGGUUGGAUAUGGGCUUUCGUUUGACUCGGAGGGAACAUAUAGGCCUUCAUGGGCUAGAUGGCUGGGUUAAUGCUGUUGAAGAGCUGUGCAGAUCUGAUAGUGAUCAGUAGAUACUAUAUAAGAAACUAGUUGCCAGCCCUUUACUAGGUUAUCCAUCAAAAUAUUGAAGGUUUAAAGGAGGUGUCAGCAUGUUUAGAAGUCAGGCUAUAUACAUCUUAUUUACGGUUAUAUGGUGAUCUCUGAGUCCCCUAGGAGUAUACUGUUUUAUUGAGGCCUUUAGAAAUAGAAUGGAUAGAUUUCAGGUAUAAAAAGCUUUUAUGGUAUGAGGUAUAGAUAUCAUAUCUAAUCUAUUCAAUUCCAC